AGAAAAAACCUAUUCCUUCAUCAUACUGCCGUUCCUCACACACACGCAUGUACAUAUGCAUGGCUAUACGCACACAGGCAUGUAUGUCAGUCCAGUACACACACAAGCCCAUAAACACACACACACACACACACACACACACACACACACAAGAAAAAAACGUACGCACAACAUAUAUCACAGGACGUAUAUUUUCCAAUCUAUUAAUUCCUUGACCAUAUAUUACUAUUUACCAACUUGUUUCAUAUUGGUGCUCUUAGCUUAGCUCUUACUAGUGAUUAUAAUCAUGAUGGUGGGAUAAAAAAUAAUAAAGAUGUUAAUAACAAAAGAAUGUCAAUAAUAAUAAUAAUAACAAAAAGGUAUUCUAUUCUAAUAAUUCAUUAAAAGCAUAGAUAUUUCAUCUAUGAUCCAUCACAAUUUGAGUUUAUUAGAUGUAACAUUGUGAAUAGAUACUGAAGCAUUGCUAUUUCAUUGAGAUUCUGAUGUUCAACUUAACUGUAUAUGAAUGGCUCUGUCAGGCAUGAAACUGGACUGUAAUUUAACCACAGCAUUUGAUCUCCAAACCUAAUCAUAUAAUAAGCUACCUUUAUGUUGCUAACAGACAACUCACCGAUUCACAUUGCCGUGGAGAAAAGUCAUGGAGAAAUCGUCCAAAUGCUACUGAAGGAGGGAGCUACAGUCUACAAUAUGAAUAUGUCGGGCGACGGAGUGAUUCACGUGGCUGCAAGAAACUCUUCGCCGUGGAUCCUUGAGAUGCUGAGAGAGAAGGGAUGUGAUUUAGACAGAUGCAGCAGAGACGGCUCGUUCCCGCUGCACUUGGCCGCGGAGUCCGGCAACCUGGAGGCAGCCAAGUGGUUCCUGCUGCAAGGCGCCAACCCCUUCAGCCUGGAUGCAAAUGGGAAGACGGCGACGGACAGAGCGGCGGAGACGAAGCAGCAACGCGUUGUGGAAUGGUUGAGGGAUCAUAAGGCAAUUAACGAAAAG